AUGCCACCACCUCCGAACCUACCGCGGCCGCCUACUAGACUUCCUCCUGCACCACGACAUCCUCUACAGUCCGCCCAGAAUGUCGCCAACCGCCCAACGGGCAGUCCCCGGUACAGGCCUCUGGUCUACGCCCUCGGCAUCGCCGGUAUAGCAGGCUCAGGAGCAUUGAUCGGGGCCAUUCUUAAGAUGAACGAGCAGGAUCAGACGCAGAAGCCCCAGAUACGGUCACAGCAGCCUCGAGAGGUCGACUACAAACAGGCUAUCCAGACUCUAGAGACGAAACGGGGCCAUCUCAUCACUCAGAAGAUCCAACUCGAACGCAAAAUUCAGGACCUUCGCCAGAGUCAGAAACUCCAAGCAGAGGAAGAGCAGAGCAAGAAGGAAUUGGACUUGAAAAGAUGA